AUGAAAAUAUUGAAACCGCCUCUCUAGGUUAGAGAAAAAUAAUGGGACAAUCGUUUUUAUUUAGGAAAGCUAAGUGAUCAUGAAAUUAAGAAAUAGUUUAUGAUUAAGAAGAAAUCAGUAAAAAGACCUACAUCUACGAAUAAAAUUGUAGUCGAUGAAAAAUCAUUAGCAAUUAGACUUUAUGAUUUAUAAUUAUUAUGGGAAUAGUUUCGUAUACCUUAAUUUCAUAGGGCAUACUUUCUUCAAUAUAAUGAAAAAGAUCUUGAUGCUAUUUUAAGAGAAACUAAUGAAAUAAAGUUAAAGUAGUCAAUUGUAUAAAAGUUAAUGAGCUUAAUUAAAGGUAGAGAAAGAUGUUUAAAUUAUUUAAAAUAAGAAACAUUUGAAGAACAUAAAUUCUCAGAGCUUUUAUUUCAUCUAAGAAUUUUAACAGUCAAUGUUAUUGAGAAUUUUAAAAAAUGGAGAGAUUCUUUAAAUAGAUGUGUUCGGUGGAGAUUAGAUGAAAUAGAUUAUCUCUAAAAAUUAAGAGGAGAUAUUGAUUUUCUAAAGGAAUAUUAUUAAGAAUAUUAAAGAGAUCCAUUUUUAUUAUGGCUGUAUAAAUUAGGUAAGGUAGAUUCAGUUCAUUCGAAUUAUCAUUAAAUAUAAAAAGAUAUGAUGAAAAGAAUUCGUGAUUGGUAAUCAUAUAAUUUAAUAUAUUUUUAGUGAAAUUUUACUCAUAGAAAAUGAUUACUUUGAUAUGUAAACAAACAUUUUAUCAAGAAAGGAAGCCUAAUUGAUAAAUAAAUAUUUAAGAGAAUCUACAAUUUAAAUGGAAGAAUAGCAAAAGAGUUAAGAAUUACAGACUUAAAGUCCUCAUCUAAAAUAAACAAAAACAGUAUAAAUUUUGGAUAAUUUAAAUGUUGUUUAAUAAGUUGUAAAAAAUAAAGAGCAAUUUAACAAAUUAUUGAAUUCAGUUAAAAAUGAUAGUGAUAUUGAGAGCUCAUUUCCUAUUAGAGAAAAUUUAUUUGAAUUGAUUGACUUUUCUGAUUCUUAUAUUUUAGCUUUAAUGUAGAAUCAAAAAAUGAAAGGUAUUUGUAUUACAUAAAGUGAAUAAUCUGAAUAAUAUCGAAAGAUCAUAAUUGAAUAAAUUAAAUUGGAAAAUAUUUAAUUGUUUCCUUAAUUUAUUUAAUAAAUAAAUAAUUAUUUAAAAGGAAAUGAAAUAACAAUAAAAUUAGUUCAUUAUAUAUAGAAUGAAAAAUUGAUUGAUUGUGAAUAUUUAAAAGUUGCAUUAAAAUAAGAAGGAUUUAGAUGGAAACAGUAAACAAAUGAUUGUGAAAGAAAUAUUAGAUAUACAAUAUAUUAUAAGAAAAAAGAAUAUUCACAGCAAUAGAUGAAUCAAUUUAAAUUUAAUUUUCAUGUUCAUAGUAUAAAAUUAAACUAACUGAUGCAAUUAGUUCACAAUAAUAUUCAUGAAUAAUCUGAUUUAGCUCAAAAAUUUAAACGUUAUGCAGAAUCAAGAAAAACUGAACAUAACCCUCCUUAAAUUAAAUUGAAGCCUUUUAUAAACAAUGACAGAGUUGUUCUACUUGAUUUAAAAUGUAAAUUACCAUUAUUUGCUACUGAAGUUAGGAAUGAAUAUAAAUAUUACAGAAUUGUAUUCAAAUUAUUUAUAAUUAGAUUUAUGAUCCUGACUUUAGUAAUAUAUCUUCUAUGUUAAUAGAUGAACAAACUGUUUAUGCUAUAUCAUUAUUAAAUAAUGAUUACAAAAUUCUAAUUUCUAAAGAUUAAAUUAGUCAAGAAUCUAUUAAAUUUAAUUAGUUUUAACCAACAACAGAAGACAUUUCAAUUCCAAUGUUUUGUUAUAAUGAUGAAAUAGCGGAUAUAUUUAAUCAUCAUAUUCAAAUUUAAUUUGAACACUUAAUCUUAAUAAAUAGAAAAGUGAAUACUGAAUAAUAAUCAAUUGAAAUAAAACCUGAACCUUUUUAUUUUUCAAUAUUGUAUGAAGAUCAUAUUAUAAAUUCAUUUAAAAUAAAGGAACAUAAUCUAAUAAAGUUUAAGCCAUUAAAAUCUUAAGUAAACAUUAGUGGAGAUAUCAAAAUUGAUGAAUCUAAAUUAAUUUUACCAUCUUUUCCAUUAAUUGUCAAAAACUUUGAAAAUGAACCAUUUAAAAUAAUUAUUAAAAAUAAUGAAUGCAUAUGUGCUUUAGACAAUUAUGCAAAUACUAGAAAAUGGAUUAUUUAUACUAUAAGUGGAUGUGAAGAGAAUCAAGUUAAAGAUGUGCUUGAAUAGUUAAUAACUUAAUUGACCAUAAUUGAUCCAAAUAUUCAAGAAGUUGGUAUUGAGUAAUUUAUAUUAAUAAUUUUUAGUUUCUAUCAUGAAUUGGUGAAUGGAGAAUUUAUUGUGAAUAAAAAUAUCUAGAAAUAACUUACAUCUCUUGGUUUUAAGUGGAAAAUAUAGAUAAAUGAAGCUAAUGAACAUACAAGAUUUACUAGAUAUUUGUUAAAAUUACAAAGGGAGACUUAGAUUGUUGAUAACAUAGUGUGUCAAUAUUUUUGUACAUAAGAUUUUGCAGAUGUCAAUAUCCAGCCUUUAAUUUAAUAAUUUUCUAUAUUUUAUUAAACUUUGACUCAAUCUCAGUUAGUUGUAAAGAGGGUAUUAAAUUUAAUUAUUAUGUAGAACAAUUUAAUUCCCUUCUCAAAAUAUUAUAAUAAGGAUAUUCCUCCUGAAUUAUAGAGUGAUCAAAUGUUAGAAACUAAGAUUUCAUAAUUAUUAUAGAGUUGCAAAUAUGGAACCAAAAAUAAAAUAGAUUAUAUAAUUUUUAAUGUAAAUGUGUUAUUCAAUAUUAAGAGUCAAGUCGUUACUUGUAAUAAACAUCAGGAUUUGGGAACCAUUUAUUUUAUUCAACUUUUUGAUGUUAUUUUAUGUUUCUAUCAAUUAGAGAAGGAGCUAAAUACAGAACAAAUAGCUAAUAUGAUUUUACAAGUAUUUAUUUAAUUUAUCAUAAGUCUACAAGUGAUGAGAAUUAGUAAUAAGAAAAUUUAGGUGUUGAAUUUAUUCAAUAUAAAAAAGCUGGUAGUAAUUAUUCAUUAGAGAUAAAUUUGGAUAUCGAAAAACAUGCUUCAAUUGAAAUUCAAGAUUUUAAGACAAUAUCAAAACCUUACUUUAUUGGCAUAAUAGAACCUAAUUGGUAUGAGAAACAUAAUUAGAUGAUUGCAUCAAUGAUAAUUUUAUGA